GCGGCGAGCGCGGCCGCAGCUUCCAGGCGCCGGUUGGGACGCGGGGGCCGAGGCGCAGGCGGGACGCAAUGGCUGCGUGGGGCGAGCGGCUGGCCGGCGUGCGCGGGGUGCUGCUCGACAUCUCAGGCGUGCUGUACGACGGCGGUGAGGGCGGCGGUGCGCCGAUUGUAGGCUCUGUGGAGGCCCUGGCGAGACUGAAGCGGUCCCAGCUGAAGGUGAGGUUCUGCACCAACGAGUCGCAGAAGUCCCGGGGAGACCUGGUGGCGAUGCUUCGGCGUCUGGGCUUCGACAUCUCAGAGGACGAGGUGACCGCCCCGGCGCCUGCCACCUGCCUGAUCCUGAAGGAGCGAGGCCUGCGGCCACACCUGCUCAUCCACGACGGAGUCCGCUCGGAAUUUGAUCAGAUCGACACGUCCAAUCCAAACUGUGUCGUAAUUGCAGAUGCAGGAGAAGGCUUUUCUUAUCAAAACAUGAAUAAAGCUUUCCAGGUGCUCAUGGAGCUGGAGAAUCCUGUGCUCUUCUCACUGGGAAAAGGACGCUACUACAAGGAGACCUCUGGCCUGAUGCUGGACGUUGGUCCCUACAUGAAGGCGCUUGAGUAUGCCUGUGGUAUCGAAGCUGAGGUGGUGGGGAAACCUUCCCCUGAGUUUUUCAAGUCUGCUCUGCGGGAGAUGAGGGUGGAAGCCCACCAGGCCAUCAUGAUCGGGGACGACAUCGUGGGUGACAUCAGCGGUGCCCAGCGGUGUGGGAUGAGAGCGCUGCAGGUGCGGACCGGGAAGUUCAGGCCCAGUGACGAGCACCACCCGGAAAUAAAGGCUGAUGGGUAUGUGGACAACCUGGCGGAGGCUGUGGACCUGCUGCUGCAGCACGCGGACAAGUGACAGGCUUUCUGGGAGGGCCCCUAGCCUCCUGCCGCCCUCUCCUGUGCCCACACCAUCCGAGGCACUGCCCCCUGGCCUGGACGGGCAAGCGAGAGGGUGCCAGCCAAGCAGUUCUGGGCUGCCCUGCCCCUGAGCCACCAGCCCCUCCUCCGUCUCCUUCUGCCGACCCCCCUUCCCUCCUCCUCUCCGGGCACACCUCCCAGCCUCCUGGGUGAAGUUUGAUCCCCACCUGCUGGCCCAGCCCCUCCCUGUGCUUCCCUAGUGGAAGUCAAGAGGUGGGGCACAGCUGUCGAAUCCCCAAACCCAUUCUCUCUCCAGUCGGCCAGACCUUUCAAUGCGCUACCGAAUCGGACUCUGGCGUUUGCCCCCUGCCUCUUUUCAAACAGCCCUUGAAUUUUAGGGAGGCGCCUGGAGAAAGCGGGGACUCCCAAGCAGAGUCCUUGCGGCCAGAGCCGAGCCAGCCUCCCCGGGACUGCCCAGCGGCCCCUGCCCUCACCUGGUGUCAGAGGGACCGCUCAGCACUCCCCACGAACCCCCCAAACAAUGCAGCCCGCCAUUUCUAUCCCAAGUCACCUCUGGAACCCAAAUGGAGCGGCUCCCAGGGGCACUUUAAAGACUGCCGUCCUUCGAGCAAGAAUUGUAAGCUCUGGAAUCCAGGUGGCAGGUGGAGGGUACCUUCUGGAGCCUGAACUCGAUAGACUUGAAUGUGUCACACCCAGGAAACUAACGGUUAAAUCAACUCUCUGCCCUGA